AAUGGUUUUUAAUGAGAGCGAAGUGUUAGGCCUGGCCAUAAACAUGGCUGAAACAACAACAGCCGCAGCGAACGAAACAAUCGAAACAACAACAAUCCAAGCAGUUGAAGCAAUCGAAGCAGAUGCCAAUCCGGAACCCUCGUCAGAGUUGGACAUCGUAAUCAACAAUGUCGUCUGCUCGUUCAGUGUGCGCUGCCAUCUCAAGCUGCGCGAGAUUGCGCUCCAUGGCUCGAAUGUGGAGUAUCGUCGAGAGAAUGGCAUGGUCACAAUGCGUCUGCGACGUCCGUAUACGACGGCAUCGAUAUGGUCCUCUGGCCGUAUAACGUGUACGGGCGCCAUUUCAGAGCCGCAGGCGAAGGUCGCGGCGCGGCGCUAUGCCCGCAGCCUCGGAAAACUCGGAUUUCCGGUGCAUUUUCAGAACUUUCGCAUUGUCAAUGUGCUGGGCACCUGCAGCAUGCCCUGGUCGAUAAGGAUCGUCAAGUUCUCGGAACGAUAUCGUGAUAAUGCCAGUUAUGAGCCGGAACUGCAUCCGGGUGUUACCUAUAAAAUGCGCGAUCCCAAGGCCACCAUGAAGAUCUUCUCCACGGGCAGCAUUACGGUGACCGCGGCCAGCGUGAAUGCCGUCGAAUCGGCCAUACAGCGGCUUUAUCCAUUGGUCCAUGAGUUCCGCACCAGGCCGAUUGUCAAGUCGCCGGAAUCGGAGUCAAUGGCCAGCAGCGACCAGAUUGCCGGCAAGUUAAGGAGCAAGAAAGAGAAUGUUACCUUGAAGCCCGGCCAAGUCAAGCGUCCGCCCAACGUGGCUGGCAUCCCCACGCCGAUGACCAAUGUCAAGUCCGGCAUGCGGCGUGAGCAGCCGUCGCCACCGCCAAGGAACUCGGAUAGCAAUGAGAAUAUUUGCGGCAAUGCUCGCCGUCGUGCUACGGAGUGCUGGGCCAGCAAGCUGCAAAAGAAACGACCACGCUACAAUGAUGCCGGCUCCAUGGCGAUCGUCAAUGCGGGCAACUUGGCCCGUUCGAUCGGUGGCCACGCUAAGUUGCGCUGGAAUGCGGCGAGUCUACCCAAAGUGGCGGGCAAGCACACGGGGGAUGCCAGCAAUCAGGACUCUGACACCGAUCAAGAUGGGGAUGAUUCUGCUGAGGAAGUAGAAGAUGAGAAGUUCUGGUAGUGCUUGGAGCAACGGGUGCUAUGGACAAUUAAAUCUUAUCGAUGCGCAAUCCUCUUUGCUUAGCUUGAAAACAAUCCCUUGUAACUUGAAUAAUCAUUUACUAAACACUACAA